UUGCCCUUAUUAAAGAUGGCUGCCAGGCGUCACGUGUGCCCUUACUUCCGUUUCAACUUCGACUGUCCAAUUAAAGCUCACUCCUGUCUGACGACACAACCAAUCGCCCGACAAUCUUCUCUUCUCGAAAACAUGUCGCCCAUGAAGCUGUGUGUUCCAGGUGACAAGCUAUGCAGCAUUGAAGACUGUAUUCCUGGCACAGGAGUAUAUCUGCGGCAUGGAUACAUCUACUCUGCACUAGCAGGCUAUGUGCUCAGAAAAAACGAGGGAGAGGAGUUGCCGGUAAUCUCAGUCGUGAGGGAAACAGAAACACAGCUGUUGCCAGAUGUAGGGGCAAUAGUCACCUGUAAGGUAACUAGUAUAAACCCGAGGUUUGCCAAAGUCCACAUUCUUUAUGUUGGUUCCACACCGCUUAAGGACCGCUUUAGGGGAACAAUCAGGAAAGAAGACGUGCGUGCAACUGAAAAAGACAAGGUUGAAACCUACAAAAGCUUCAGACCCGGUGACAUUGUUCUAGCCAAAGUGAUUUCUCUGGGUGAUGUGCAGUCUAACUACUUGUUGACAACUGCGGAGAAUGAACUCGGUGUAGUAGUGGCCCACAGUGAAGCAGGUGCCCAGAUGAUCCCCAUCAGCUGGUGUGAGAUGCAGUGCCCUCAAACACACGCCAAGGAGUUUCGAAAGGUGGCCCGUGUGCAGCCUGAGUAUCUGGAGGCUUGAAAGAUAAAAGCUGCACAAGGAACACACAGCUUCCCUCCUCAUUCCCCUUCUCUUGAUGUCAUGAUACUUUACCUGUGACUAUCAUUCCUGAUGACUAUCAAGAGAAAGGGCUUGUACAGUAUAUUGUUAGCUACUUGUGAUGUCACAUCUCUGAGUGUUUCCUAAAGUUUCUCUUCCCAUUGUAUUACAUUUUGUGGUGGUAAGAACAAACCAAAACCUUAUUACAUAAACAAAUGAUGUAGCUACUUAGGAAAUUCCCUCAACAUCCAAAUGCUGAACAUUACUGUAGUACUGCUGAAUGGAUACAUGAGCAGAGUAUAGCAGUAUUUGUGUCUAGGCACUGCAUCUAGUGUCGGUGAAGCACUUUGAAACUGAAGUGCUGCUUUCAGUGCCUGUAACUUAACUGCUUUUGAGGUAGUCUGAACUUGGACUAUACCUCUACCAAGAUGAUAAAUGUCAGAUAUGCCCGGAAUAUUGAAGUUUUACAUUUGAUAGUCAAGAUGUUUCUCUAAUUUCCAUUGUUAAAUUUUUCCUCUUAACUCACAAGAGUAGUGAAUGAAAUGAAAUAAAGUGACUAUCAAGAACAA